AUGGCAUUAUCGGAGACAACACCAACACUAUCUGAAGAUGUAGUUCCAAAAUAUUCUCGUACACAAUCAACAAGAAAAUCGAAUAAUAUGAGACAAAUCAUUGAAUUUAAUCGAUACAUUAAAUAUGCAUUAGAAGGAUUAGCAAAUGAUUUUCUUAGUACAUAUUUUGACUUUCAACAGGAUAUUCUGAAUCAACCUGAUCAUUUAACUGCUAACACCACAUCAGUAAGUGAUAUUCAACCCAUUAACAACAAUACAACAACAAGUGAUAUCCAAUCCAUCGAUAUCAACUCAGCUACAAGUAAAACAUUCAUCAACAAUACUCAAUCCGUCAAUAAUAAUUCUGAAUUAGCAUUAGGUUCAACAUCAACCAAUGAUAAAAUUGAAACACGUUCUUACAAACCAUGGUAUUCAUAG